AUGUGGACUCUCCAAGAGCUUCUUCUUGCCACCCACGCCACCAUUCUUUGCGGAGAACAGGUCAUUGCCUGGGACACCUUCUGUCAAGCUUUGGAGCUUAUGGAAGCUACGUUCUCCCUGUCUAGCAAAGGGGUGCGGAACUUUGCGAACUGUUUCUACGCCUAUUCGGAUUUUCAAGAUAUUUCUGGCAGCAACAACGGCCAGACGAUUCAAAGGAGCCCUUCCGAAGUAGCUGAGGUAAAUGCGGAGGGGAAGUUGUCGAGCCUUGUACAACAUGCCAGAAUUCGGCAUGCCACCAACCCGAAGGACAAGAUUUUCGGGCUCUACGGCAUUUCAGAGAGACUCCGACAGCCAUUCCCAAGUCCCGACUAUACCCAGUCAGUGGCAAAGAUAUAUAUGGAGGCGACUAUGGCUAUAAUACGACAUGAGAACACCCUAUGGCCGCUGGAUAAUGUGUGGAGUGGAAACCGCCAGAGCGGUCUACCAUCCUGGGUUCCUGACUGGAGCGACGACUAUAGAUGGUUCGACGAUGUGUUGAUCGAGCUAGGAGGCGUUCCCCUAGACUCCGCAGACCGAGAGACGACAGUCCACUGGGAAGGACCGGUAGACGAACUGAACUACGACGUUAACUUCACUCCUGACGAUGGCAUCAUUCUGCACGGCCAAACACUUGGCACGAUCGAGGUUGUUUUUGACGACCGCGCGAGAGCGCUCAUCGAGAAGGACAUCCUGGCUGCACAGCGGCCCUCCGUUGAAUACGAACUUGCACUAAAGCGGCAUGGCGCAGAACGGAUCAGGUUCUUCAGACGUAUUUACGCUGAGUGCGAUAAUGCUGAACAUGCCGAAGCCCGUCUGUUAGCAUUUUGCUGGCUGUUGCUGACUUACAGCCCGAAUCAACCCAAGGAUGGCUUCAGUAGAGGGUUCAAGGACCUGCAUACUCUCUUCAAAUCCACAAUCUUAGAUUGCGAGGAGAACCGUCGGUAUAUUUUCUCCCAAGCCAAAGAAAAGCUUCAAAAGGCACCAAAAGAGCAUCAAAGACACCCUAGAGUGCUCGCCUUCGUCGACUCAGACAUUGACGCAGCAAUAGAUGUGGUGUUGUCCUUACACAAAGGCCCAGAGUACAUCAUCCGUUCGACGCCUGAAGAUGCGAGGCCGGGAUCGGUCUUCCGUCUGCUGGGUUCUGCAACAGGAUUCUACAGAACAAUCCAGGGGCUUUCGAUAAACAAGGCAGUCUUUAUUGCGGACUCCAAGGUUAUAGGCUACGCUCAGGGGCGUGUCUGCGUGGGAGACAGUGUUGUGAAGUUCCGUCAGGCUUCGUCCCCUUCAGUUCUGCAUCCUUGCGGAGCGCACUAUGAGCUUCACUCUCCGGCGGUCGUAAAGACGGAAGGUGCUCUAAGCGACCUUCUGGACAGCGCUGUAUCAACAACUUAUGAGAUACGGUAA